AUGGCAGAUCUCAAGCUCAAUGCGCCCCUGACAUUGAGGUGCGGGCUCACCUUGCCAAACCGGCUGGUGAAUCCCUCCAUGGCUGAAUGUCUCGCGGACAAGGACUCGCUUCCUACUUCUGAAGCAUGCAUCUCGGCAUACGAGUGUUGGGCAGAAGGCGGAUGGGGUCUCAUCUUGACUGGCAAUGUUCAGGUCGACAGGGCUUACAUAGGCCAGGCUGGAGACAUGGCGUAUGAUGAAGCUGUCGACCGAGCCAAGAUCAUUGAAGCGUGGACGAAAUGGUCUGCAACCAUUGGCAAGAAUGGCACGAGUGCCAUCAUGCAGCUUAACCAUCCAGGUCGGCAAUCAGGGCUAGGAGCAGGCCGAAGAAGCAUCUUUGCAAAGUCUCUUGCGCCAAGUGCUGUGCCAAUGAACUUGGGCGACGGCCUCUGGCCACGCUUUCUUGUGGCGCUUUUGUUUGGUACACCUCGGGAAAUGACACAUGCAGACAUCAAGGACGUCGUGGGGCAGUUUGCGCGGGCCGCCAAGGCGGCUUGGGAGUCUGGAUUUGCCGGUGUUGAGAUACAUGCCGCGCAUGGCUAUCUCCUGUCUCAAUUUCUGUCACCAGAAAUCAACAGGAGGACUGACGAGUACGGUGGCUCCGCAGUCAAGCGAGCGUUGAUUGUGGUCGAGAUUGUCAAAGCAGUGCGGGAGGUAGUGCCCAAGGACUUCUGCGUUGGAGUCAAGUUCAACUCUGCCGACUACUCAUCUGGAGCCGAGGCAGGAGGGGCACUAGAAGAUCGAAUCGACCAAGUCAGAGCCAUCGCCGAGGCAGGAAUCGACUUUCUCGAAGUCAGCGGCGGCACAUACGAGAAUCCUACGGCAAUCAUGGGCUACAGCCAGCCGGAGACCAAGUCAGCACGGACACUUGCCCGGGAGGCGUACUUUUUGGAGUUUGCGCAAAGCAUCCGCAAGAGCCUGCCAAAUCUGCACCUUAUGGUCACUGGCGGUUUCCGCACACGGCGUGGUAUGGAGGCUGCUGUGGCCGAGGGCGACUGUGAUCUUGUCGGCAUUGCACGCCCGGCGACGGUGUACCCUCACCUGCCCCGUGACAUUAUCCUCAACCCGGACGUUGCAGAUGACGAUGCUGUACUCCGACUCGAGAAAGUGCAACCGCCCUGGUUGCUGACCAAGAUCAAGGUCAAGAGCGUUGGUGCUGGAUGGGAAACGGUAAGUUGA